AUGAUUUCAGACGCCGACAAGGGUAUCAGGGCAGCAGUCGAGGAAUUCUUUCCAGAUGCAUUCCAUUCAAGGUGUGUUCUGCAUCUAGUCGAGAAUUUCAAAAAGAAGAUGAAGGAUUUUGGGCACAAGGUAAAUAUCGCGACUACGUUGGGCGAGCUGUUACAAUCUGCGGCUUAUAAGUUCACAAUAUCUAAAUGGAAUAAUGACAUAAAAAAAUUGGCAGCGAUCGAUCACAGGGCUUACGUCACUGUAAUGGAAUACUCCCCGGAGAGAUGGGCAAACGCGCAUUUUCCUGGUAUAAGGUAUGGCCAUGUUACUUCAAACGUUGCUGAGUCCUUCAACAGCUGGAUAAGAAAGGCACGAUUGUUGCGAAUCUUACCUUUGGUUGAGACCAUACGGAAGCAAAUAAUGGAGCGCAUGCAUGAAAGGAGGCUAUUGGGUCAGAAAUGGUCUGGAUACUUAUGCCCGGAAGCGGAGAUGGUGCUGAGUGAUAACAUUCAGCAUGGUAGCUGCUUGGCGAUUAAACAUUCGACGGAAGAUAUUAUGGAGGUCGAGUCCAAUAAAACUUACCGCGUAGAUUUGAAGAAUCAGACUUGUUCUUGCAGGUCCUGGGACAUCCUUCACAUUCCCUGCAAACAUGCGUGCGCUGCAAUUUCAUGGAUGGGACGAGAAAUUUAUCAAUAUUGCGAUUGGUACAUGACUGUUGACGCAUUCAGAGCAAGCUAUGCACCGAUCAUCUAUCCCAUCCCAGAUUACGAGAAGCGCUUUGUACUACCAGAAGAUCGAGUGUUGAAGCCUCCUCUCACCAAAAAAAGACGUGGAAGACCAUGCACUAGACGAAUAAACAACAGGUCGCUGAACACCCGACCUGUUAAGUGCUCUCGAUGCAACAUGGAGGGUCACAAUCGUGCAAUCUGUUACUAUUAUCCACUUGCAAUUGGCUAUCAAGGUUACCGAUAUAUUUUUGAUCUGACUGCAUUCAAUGCAUUUCAUAGUUCCCAAGGCAGUAGAGUUUAUCGAUUGAAUGUUAUGUUUACUGUUAGGUCUCUUACUGUUAUUCACUUGCGCUUGGUUGUCACGGUCAGUGAAGGAUAUUCUCUGCUACUGCAUUCAAUGUUUCUCCUAGUUCCCAAGGAGGAGAGUUAA